AUGAGCUCACGUUUUAGAGCGAUGGACCAGCUGUGCAAGCUGAUCGAUACGAUCGUUCGGUUUCUCAAACCAAACAUGGGAUUUAUCAACUGCCACAUGGUUGGCUAUCUGACGGAGGACCACUGGAAGAACUACGUGCCCCGGACGAUUCAGAGCGAACUGACUUCGAUGCAAGACUAUCUGCGGGCGAAGAACAUCUUCUUUGCACAGUUCGAACAGAACACCGUCGGUGAGGGGGCACCGGAACUGCCGGCAGUCAGUGCGUUCAUCGAGGAAACGCGAAAGUUUCGGUUCGAUGGCGCUGAAAUCCAAGGCACGGUACUGUCGCUGACGGAGUUCAACGAAGGAUUGCUGAAUGUGCGAAAGGAGACCAGACUGAGGCUGCCGGAACUGAUGAACGUUAAGAAGCGUCACGAAGUGGAGAUUGCGGCCUCCGUGGUAGCAUCCCUGUGCACGGCCGUUGCCUCCGGUGUGCCGAACGGAAGCCCGGAAGAUGUGAUCGUCAUUGAUGCCGGUGAUGGGAAGGGGUACCUUUCGUCCCGCAUUGCCCUCGAACACGGACUCAAAGUACUGGGCGUGGACUGCAACGAAGGGAACACGAGUGGUGCCAAGAAACGGCGCGACCGAUUGAAGAAUAAGAUCCCGAAAGCGGUCAAAAAGUCAAACCUCGAGGAGGAUAAACAUUUCUCCGAGUUGAUCAAGGACGAUGGACGAUUAGAGGCUCUCUACCGAACCACGACACAGCUGAUCGAUUUCGGAACAAACCUCGCCGAGUUGGCCGGCCAGCAUUUUCCCGGAGUCGGAAGCUUCAGUUCUUUCGCGCUGGCAGGCUUACACACGUGCGGUAAUCUGGGCCCAAAUUGCCUUCGUCUUUUCGCCCAGAACACAGCGCUCAAGGCCGUUUGCAACGUUGGCUGCUGCUACCAUCUGAUGAAGGAGGAGUUCGUUUCGGAUGAUUUCGACAAUCCCAUCAAUACAACGGACCAUUCGGGAUUUGGAUUUCCAAUGAGCGCGCACUUACGCGCCCGUCGGUUCGCUCUCGGCCGCAAUGCACGCAAUUUGGCGUCCGAGUCGAUUGAGCGGGCGUGCCGGAAUCGGGAGAACCCCAGCGACAAGCUGGGCUACCGGGCUUUGUUGCAGGUCAUUCUGUUGCACUACGGACAGAAAACAUCGCUGCAAGUGGGACGGCUGAAGAGCUGUGGACUGACUGAUUACGUUCGCACAGCGGUUCGCCGUUUGGGGCUACAGGAGCAAGUGACGAUAACGGACGAGAAGCUGCUGGAGCUGGAAAGACUGUUCCAGUGCGAGUUGGAGCAGCUGAAGGUGUUCUAUCUCAUACGGCAACAGUUUGCGCCCGUGGUCGAGACGCUGAUCCUUCUCGAUCGUUUGCUGUUUCUCUGGGAAUGUGGGUACGAGCGGAGCUAUCUGGUGAAACUUUUCGAGCCAGUCGUGUCUCCGCGUUGUUAUGCGUUGAUAGCACUGAAAUAACGAUUGCUGUGGAACUCCAGCAACCAACGAACCAUUUUAAAAGUUUGACGAAGUGCUGAUAAAGAGGUAAAACCUGAACUACCGAAGGGUAUUGCACGAUGUGAAUGUACGUUUAUUGUGGCAGGAAAUAAAACCGAAUGGAUUGAGUUAA